AAAACUGACAGAUCCGAAAAAAAAUGGGAUUAUUACAAAUACGCCACUUGGCUCAUCAAUAUAUUCCUUUAGCUCCUAAGCUUCACCAUUUCCGUUUCUCUCUUCUCAAAUCCCAUAGUUUCUCCUGCUCUGUCUCAGUUCCUCCGAACACUAUGGCUAAACAAGUUUUGGUACCGAUUGCGAACGGUACGGAACCGAUGGAAGCGGUGAUCACGAUCGACGUGUUGAGGAGAUCGGGGGCUGACGUCACGGUGGCUUCCGUCGAGAAAGAUAUUCGUGUUGAUGCUUGUCACGGUGUAAAAAUUGUCGCUGAUGCUCUCGUCUCUGAUUGUAAGGAUACUGUUUUCGAUCUCAUCGCGCUUCCUGGAGGCAUGCCUGGUGGUACCAACCUUAAAGAUUGUGGAGUUCUUGAAAGUCUUGUGAAAAAGCAGGCUGCAGAUGGGCGGCUGUAUGCUGCUGUGUGUGCUUCACCUGCAGUUGCGCUUGGUUCGUGGGGUCUGUUGAAGGGACUGAAAGCUACUUGUUACCCAGCAUUUAUGGAGCAAUUGAAAUCAUGUGCAACAGCCGUUGAAUCAAGAGUUCAGCAGGAUGGCAAAGUUGUGACAAGUCGUGGGCCUGGCACUACAAUGGAGUUUGCUGUAACACUGAUCGAGCAAUUGUAUGGGAAAGAUAAAGCUGAUGAAGUUUCUGGGCCAUUGGUGAUGCGUCCUAACCAUGGUGACGAGUAUUCAAUAACUGAGCUGAAUCCUGUGGAAUGGAAAUACAAUGAUGUUCCCCAGAUUAUAGUACCAAUCGCUGAUGGCUCAGAAGAAAUGGAAGCCGUUAUGAUCAUCGACAUUCUGCGUCGUGCUAAGGCAAAUGUCGUGGUGGCCUCUGUUGGAAACAAUCUUGAAAUUCUUGCUUCUAGAAAAGUCAAACUAGUGGCAGAUAUGCUUCUUGAUGAAGCUGCUAAGCUGUCAUAUGACCUUAUAGUCUUGCCAGGAGGUCUUGGCGGGGCCCAAGCAUUUGCCAACUCUGAUAAGCUGGUGAACUUGCUAAAGAACCAAGCAGAAUCAAACAAACCCUACGGGGCUAUAUGUGCAUCUCCAGCUUUGGUCUUGGAGCCCCAUGGUUUACUUAAGGGCAAGAAGGCCACGGCUUUCCCUGCAAUGUGCAACAAGCUGUCGGAUCAGAGUUUCAUUGACAACAGAGUUGUGGUGGAUGGAAACCUGAUUACAAGCAGGGGGCCUGGAACUUCCAUGGAGUUUGCACUUGGAAUCGUGGAGAAGUUUUUCGGACGCCCUAAAGCCUUAGAGCUAGCCAAAGUACUGCUUUUCGUAUGCCAGUAGAUCAGCCAGUACUGAUGUUUGUCCCCGUCCUUGUUACCCUAGAACAUGCCAUGAGAUGAUAGUAAAGUGAGUUUGCAUUUGAAUUCGGAUCACUUUGCAGUUUUAUGUACAAUAUUAUGUUCAUUGUUGAUAAAUAAACGAGUCUUGGAACA